GUUGAGAUUGCGCUGGAACCCCCAUUCCCUAUACUACUUAAUCAAAUCAAGGACCCGAUUUAAGACAUAUUUCCAAAGACUUUCUAGACGUGUGUUUUUUUUUUCCUGUUUCGAAUGCCGUGAUUUGCAUUGAGUAUAAAAUUAUCCGGUAGUCUUGUUCAUUCAUUCCCUGCUAGCAGAGCCUAAUUUCCUUUUGUUUUGGUUGAAAGAAGGGAGAGAAAGAGAAGAGAGACUCUGCUAGCAGGGAAGUUCAUUCACGACUCUUGAACUAAAGAUUUUUUAAGCAACAUUCAUAAAAUUCUAAAAAGAAUUUCUAGGAUUGUAAUAAGUAACUUCUUAUUUUAAAAACAUGUUAGAAAUGUGACGACGUUUCUCUAGAAUUGUGAGAGAUAAAAAGGAAAAAAAGGGAAAAAGAAUCAAUACGCCACAGAGUAAAUAAUUCAAACUCAUAAAUCAUCAAUUUUUUUUUUUUCUUCUUUUGAUUCUUUCUCUCUUUUUUCUUUCUUUUUGUUUGUUUGUUUUUCCGACUUUCAGUUUCCCUAUAAUUGGGUAGCCUGUGUAAUUUUAAUUUCAAAAGAUGUAUCCCAGCAUUCCUUUUGGUAAUGUUUUCCCGCGUGUUCAGAUUAGUUUGGACAAGAACAAUAUUUAAAAGAAUAAAGUCAAUAACUAUGGACACAGUUGCUUCAAAAAAGCCCCACUUAGGGAAAAAGAUAGGCACACACAAUGGCACAUUUCACUGUGAUGAAGUACUUGCUUGUUCAAUGCUGAGACAACUACAUGAAUACAAAGACGCUGAAAUUAUAAGAUCACGGGAUCCAGCUAUUCUUGGUGAAUGUGAUGUUGUUGUUGAUGUUGGUGGGGUGCAUGAACCAGACAGAAAUCGUUAUGAUCAUCACCAAAGGAGUUUUAAAGAAACCAUGAAGAGCUUGACUAAUUCACGCAAACCCUGGGAGAUCAAACUGAGCAGUGCUGGCCUUAUAUACCUACACUUUGGCCACAAAGUAUUAGGAAAUAUUUUGGAUUUGCCUGAAAAUGACCCAGUGACAGAUGAGAUCUUUGAUAAGAUAUACUUGAACUUUAUUCAAGAGGUUGAUGCAAUUGAUAAUGGUGUUAACCAAACUGAUGAUCUACUGAGAUAUGAAAUUAACACAAAUCUAAGCACAAGAGUCGGAGAAUUGAACCCUAGAUGGAAUGAUCCUAACCCUAAUGAACAAGCACAGUUUAACAAGGCCCUAGAAAUGGUUGAAAGGGAAUUCUUAAACAAAGUGUUAUUUUAUAAAGACAGUUGGCUGCCAGCAAGAAGCUUAGUGGAAAAGGCAAUCAAGCAGCGAUAUGAGGUUGAUUCAAGUGGAGAAGUGAUUGAAUUAGACAAGGCAGGUUGUCCAUGGAAGGACCACUUAUUUGAACUUGAAAAGCACCUUGAAGUGAAGAAACCCAUAAAGUUUGUCAUCUAUCCUGAUAACAGUGAAAAAUGGAGAGUUCAGUGUGUUCCAGUGCGAUCCCAGUCAUUUGAAAACAGGCUAAGCCUGCUGGAAGAAUGGCGUGGUAUUAGAGAUGAUGAGCUGUCAAAACUCAGUGGAAUUCCUGGCUGUGUGUUCGUUCAUGCCAAUGGGUUUAUCGGUGGAAAUGAUACUAGAGAAGGUGUUUUAGAAAUGAUAAGAAAAACAUCAGAGCAAUCUAAAUGAUGCUGGCAAUAUUUUUAUUGUUGUAAUAGAAAUGCAUUAAAUAUAUUAUGUAAAUACGCAUUUGAUAUGUAGACUGUCUUCUCAUGUGUAGCCAUGGCAAUUAUUGCCUCUAGCUUAUGGCUUUCAAGUUUCCUUAACUAGGGAUUGUAUGUGAGUAAAACUCAAACUUGUUUUAUUCGGGAAUCCUUUAUGGAUGGUAGAAUAAAUUGAAAUCUCAAAGCCUAGGCCUAAAAUACGCCUCUAGAAUGAUUUAUGUACUUCUAAAGCCAAUAAAUAUUUCUGCCUUAAAAA